UGCGGUCGCAACUAUUCUCCUUUCAAUGGUCAAUUUACCACCAGCAACGAGCCACGACACCGGUUCUCUACUAAGACGCUGUCCUUGUGUUCCGAUCAACACCUGCUACAGCCAAGGCGACAAUCUCAACGAACAGCAGUACCUGAACGCGAACUUCCAGUGUCCAAGAUUCACCUAUCAGCACUGCUGUGGACCGUACUAUCCAACCCUGGGCAGUGAACAAGUUUACUCCAACCAACCGCAGCUUAAAACGGCCACCGGAGAACCACCUAAGCCACGUGAGGCUGAAAAAGUGAUGGUCAUUGUGGCUCAAAGUGUCGGUCCAGUGGAAGAAACUUCACAGGAAGAGCCCGUCAUGACCGUUUUGCCAGAAACCACAACUGCUCUUCAGGAUACCACAACGGACUUUUUAACAACUGAUACCGAGGAUGAAACAACAACACUGGAAGCCACUACCUUGGAACCAACGACGACGACGAGUACCACCACUAGGGCACCGCGAGGCCGCCUAGGUCGGUUCCACAAUCGACGACCUAUUCCGCGAUACCAACGCGGCUCUACAACGGUUCCUUCCUGGGACGGUUCAUCGACAACCGAGCAUUCCUCCGUCAGUAGAUUGCCGAACUGGCGGGGACUGUACCAGCGACGGCGGAAAGAGGAACCAACGAGCUCCACUUCCACUACCACCACCACCACCACGGAAUCAGCAGAUCAUGUAGGGGCUUUCACAACUUUGAGCAGCUAG